AAAUCUCCAGUGAAGAUGGUGAAACCGUCUGGGUGUGCCGUCUGUUGUUCACUGACAGCCUGGUACAGCUGCUGUCAUCAGCAGAGAGUUGAAAGACAAGCGCUGACAAGUUUAGCAUUUUUAUCAUUUUCUACUGAGGAGUAUUCAGUAGUCUCUGAGGAAUAGAUCAGAUGCUGAACAUGUAGAGGAGUAUUCAGUAGUCAGUAACAAAUAGAUCAGAUUGUCCUACUGCUGAACAUAUGGUAGAGGAGAUGGACUUCUGUUUGAUUUGUCUUGUGGCAGCCUUUUUGCUUUUUUGUCUGAGAAAUACUUUAAAAAUGCGUUGUUUUCAACACAUCUCUGUGUCCAGAUAGGGACAGCAUAUUUGUACUUUUCCACCUGCAACACGUCUAGGGUUCUUCAGUUUACGUGGUAUUUAUCAAACCUGCAGUUCAUCGGGUAAUCACAACUGAACCGCAUACUUCAUUCACAAGCGCAGAAAAACUAUAUGAAUGAUAUACAUCUCAAUCUAAGUCUAAAGUGAACAGGCCAGCCAGCGACAUGGGGGACAUGGCACACGCAGUUUUGAAGAGACGGCAACCGUCCCCCUCACUUUUGAAAAAAAAACGCCUUACAUGCUAAAUAAUAGCCUAUAGGCUACGCUAGGCUAAAUAAAACUUACAGUAUAAUCAACACUAGCCAUAGCCAUCUAGACUGCACGAUCCCACUUUCACUCUGCUACUGACAGUUGGAUAUCUGAAAUGUUUGAUCAGUUUCUCUACUAACAACCAUCAUGAACUAAACCAGGCUACUUGCUUCUGUAGACCGUCCUCUGCUCAUCGUGACAUUAGCGAUUAUGUUUUAAUAACCAACUCAACUAGCCUACUGGUUAUCGACCCAUUUUCAUACAAGAUGAGUAACUCUGACUUACACCACAUUUAACUUCUUAAACACGUAUUUCAGGCAUAAUUUACAAGACACAAUUAAUUUACUUAACUUGAGUUACCUUGGUGCAUAAAUUCCUCAGACAGUAAAGGUAUCUCUGUAUAGGAUACACUGUAUCCUAUCAAAUAGUGUUCACGGGGGUCCUAAACAAGCUAAGCUGGGAAUUUAGCUAGGCUAUCUUACUUGUGCAUGUCACAGAUGUGAGGAGUUCUUUGAAGCUCGAGUUCUUUGAAGCACGAGGAAAAUCCAAAUGAAUCCAGAAAAAAAAGCAUAACAUAUUUUUUUUCAGAGGGCCAAUGUGCAAUGCAAUAGUCAGGAAAUUCCCCCAAAUGUCAGUUGGCAUAUUGCAUAUAUGCAUAGAUAACAUGACAACGUGGCUACAGCCUGUUUUUUUAAUGGGGAAAUUAUUUAGCCUUAAUCAAAGAGAUAGUUUUGCAUUUGCCUGAAGUGUAGCCUAGAUAUUAUGUUUGUUUCAAUAUUUGACAGAUAUUUUAAAUAUUUGUUUUAUAUAUUUUAAUUAAUUCAAAGUAUUUAAAUAUUGGUAAAAUGUUGUUAAUAGUUGAUUAUAAGGGAAAAGUAAGUUGCAAAUCAUUGUAAUUAUUCAUUUCUUUGGUCUUUACCAUGUGUUCUGGUAACUUGUAAAGCCAUUACAAGUGUUCCCUCACAUUUUCUAACAUUACAUCAAUAACUGGUAACUAGUGGAGAGUGCAUGUUGAUUUGGUCAUUUGAUUGACAACUUUAUACCAGACAAUUUAAGUAGGCCUACCUAUUUGAUCAUGUGUGUUUGGAUCACAGGCAUAUGAUGACCUGUAAACUCUUGUUCAUUCAUGGCUUCAUAAAAUAUCAACAUCCCAUGUAGCUUUUAGAGUAUUCAACCAUUGGCCCAAGCAGUGUGAAAUAACUCAAUUGCAUAAGCGUAUAAAAAGCUGAGACCUCCCACAUAACAAGAAGCUGAUCUGAGGCCAGAUCUGGCAUUCUGCCCUUCCUCCACUGUUGACCAUUUUGAUCAAAACAUAUUUUGAAAACAAUCAUUGUUAUUAUCUUAAUAUGUUGGCAAGUUUAAAAUAUUAUGAUGAUCGACAGUGGGUCAGAAGUGGUGGUCCGAUAUCUAGAAGCUGGAAUUCACUAUCUGGGUUUUUGCUCACAAUUUGGUCCCCCUCAAUUUGAAAAUAUCUCCUGCACCCUUGCAGAAUAAUGAGCAUGUGAGCUUCGAGCUGGCAAGCUGCAACCUGGACGACCAUAUUAGUCUAAAAUGAAUCAACUCAUAUCUGAAACUCAACUAAAGUUAAUUUAAUUAAUAUCUAGUGGAAUUAUCUGUUCCCAGUUAAGAGUGUGGUUUGCUUUUCAUGAUUUUAGAUACCAGCUGAGAGUGUGGUUUGCUUUUCGUGUUACCAGCUGAGAGUGUGGUUUGCCUUUCAUGUGAGGAAUGCAACUCUUCAGUGUUGCUGAGAUGUAGAGGGAGGGUGCAGAUGGAAGACUUUUUUAACAAAAAAACCCAACAUGUUUUUAAAACUCAUAGGAAACAUAAACGUGCAUAUUGUACAUGUAAAAUACUUCCUGUGCACCCACAAUGCUCUCUGUUUCCAUGUCACAGUGGCCAGAGAGAGAACGCAAUAGUGUGCAAGCCGCAGUGCUGGUCCCCCGCUUCCUUUGUCUUGUGCGAAUGUCAUGCCCUCCCUUUACUGCUCUGUGGUUACUGUAAGGGCCUGGGGGAGAGUGACUUCUGUUUUCUUAUAAACGCAGAGCAGAGCAGCUGCUGCACUGCUGGAUGCAUGAUCAUGGCCACAGUGCUGUGUGUGCUGGUCUGUCUUUUCACUGGCGUGCAGAGGUUGGGAGGCGUGAGGACUCUUCGUAAUCUGACCGUGCAGCGUGGAGGGUCGGCCGUCGUGCCCUGCCACUACGAGGAGAAGUACGUAGCGCAGGUGAAGUACUGGUGCCGCGGUUACACCUGGGACACCUGCCGUGUCUUGACCCGAUCCAGCAGUGUUCCAAGCCCUCCGGACGCCCAGGUGUCCAUUAGUGAUGACAUCACCCAGCGGGUCUUCACUGUGACCAUAAGGAACCUGCAGGACAAAGACUCAGACGUCUACUGGUGCGCUGUGGACAUCAGAGGAGGGUCUGAUGAUAAAGCUUAUCUGAAAAUAACAGUCACACCAGGCCCUCCAGAGUUGUACUCAGAGAGCAGAGUAUUCUCCGGACCUGUUGGCGGUCUGGUCCAGGUGCGGUGCCUCUACGGCGGCCGUCUGUGGAGCGGGGAGAAGAAGUGGUGCCGGAGCGGCUCGAGUGUGUGUCUGACCGCCGGCCGCACCUCCAGGCUGCACAAGUACACGCUGGACGCAGACCCUCGGACCGGAGCACUGAGCGUGACCAUGCGGGACCUGACGCCCAACGACGCCGGCUGGUACUGGUGCACAGGAGCAGACACACAGCUGCCCGUGUAUGUGUCCGUGUCCCCACAGACAAACACACCCCCCGUCACACAACGAGAGACAACAUCUACAACUCAUACCACCACAGCAGUCCAAACUGUGAAAACACCAUUUGCAAGUGAAGCUACAGCCCUGCUGCAGACCAGUGUAGAGGCCGCCCCGCCAGCUCUCUCAGAUGAGGCACCAGGGCAAGAGGAGCCAGCUCUCUCAGAUGAGGCACCAGGGCAAGAGGACCACUCAGAACACAGUGUUGUGAAGAUCCCCUCACUGGAAAUACUUUUGAAAAUUCCUCUUGCAGUGGUUUACCUGGUUUGUCUGGCAGUGGCGAUAAAAAAGCAUUGGGAAAUGAACAGAUGAGAUUACACAGGAAAAUGAGGUGGCGAAGCAAAUAGCCACUCGGUGCUAACGGAACAGGAUCGCCCACUAGCCCCUCGAUGCUAACGGAACAGGACACUCUAGCCCCCCUGAAGCGGACCACAGAAUCAGUCACACUCAAUGGGCCACUUCUGAGCAAAGGAAGAGCCGGAGCAUAAGAGUAACUUAUAGAAUGUUUAACAGGUGCAACGACCACGACCACAUCCAACGUUCCCAUGCACAUCCAACUUUCCCAUGCACAUCCAACGUUCCCAUGCACAUCCAAUGUUCCCAUGCACAUCCAACUUUCCCAUGCACAUCCAACUUUCCCAUGCACAUCCAACGUUCCCAUGCACAUCCAACGUUCCCACGCACAUCCAACGUUUCCACGGCCACAUUCAACAUUCCCACGACCACAUCCAACGUUCCCAUGACCACAUCCAACGUUCCCACGGCCACAUCCAACGUUCCCACGACCACAUCCAACGUUCCCAUGCACAGCGUCUUCAUCAGCGUCACCCCGUUGAGUGUUGCUGAUGAGGUGAAGAAGCUCAAGGUGUUUGUGCAUCUUAUUUCACCUCUGACCACAAACGCUUCUCAAGCAACACAGGAUGUUCACAAGAGGCUUUUUUGAAUAUAUAUGUUUUUUAGGGUAAGUAAGUCAAGUUCAUCAUUAGUUUAUUGAAUGGAGACAUUUCAUAAUAAUAAAUCACUUCAGUCAUCAUCCUCAUCAUCAGAAAUUGGUGUUGAUUCUUCAGUUUCUCCCUCAUCAUUUAGUAAAGCUGGCAUUGGUGCUGCAUUAUAUGAAGUCAGCAUUAUAUAUAAUAUGAUGUGCUAUUACAUUAUAAAGGUAAGAGGGAAAAUUGCUGUCUCAUUGUUGUCUAACUAUGCGUUCAGACCAAGAGCUACCAAAGUUGCAAAAUCACUUUUGUCACUGGUAAAAUGCAGCUGCUAAAUAAUAAAUCUGUUGUUUUUGUCACGCAAGUUGCUCACAACAUGAGAGAUUUGAACCUUCUAAGUUCACAUAUUUUUCAUAGACACUAAGAUGGUUUAUAAACAUGAUCAAAUGUAUACAGAAAUGCCUGUAGCCUAAAUAUGCUUUAAAACUUGCCAUCAUAGUUAUUAUGCCAAACUCUCUGAAUUAACAAGGAAUUCUUAUUUUAACUUAGCUUACGCUAGCUGUUUUUUGGGUCAGUGUAUCAUUUCAGCCCACCUUGGAAAAAGGCAUUUUUUUAUGUUCAAAAAUGCCUUUUUCCAAGGUGGGCUAAAAUAUUAUUUCACCCAUCCAAAUCCUUAUUUUUUUUUGUAAAAUGUAUCAGAAAACAUAUAGUUUGUACACUCAUUUUUAAUCCUUAAGCAGUGUAUCUGUAGCAGGGUUAAUGUUGUUUCCCUGAAUUUCCCCACAUGAGUUGUGCUUUUCUUUUUGGAGUUUUUGUAUUUUCUUUAUUUUCCUACGGGAAUCUAAGGGUAAGGGGGUGUGGUGUAGGUGUGACGUGGGGCUAUGCUCUGCGAAAAUUAACUUUUAACUAAGUGUCCCACUACCCCAGGCUGGCUUGUCAGAUUUCUCUCAACAGGAGUACCUGAAUGUGAUAGCCUGUGUGCGAAAAUAAACAAAUUCAGUAAGACCCAG